UGCGUUUUUGAGCUUCCGUGGUUCAGAGACACGCCACCAUAUAGCUGCUUCUCUCUACAAAGCUCUCCUAAGAGAAGGCGUUCAUGCCUUCACAGAUGAUCAAAGUCUCAACAGAGGCGAACAAAUACAACCCGCGCUGUUUAAUGCUAUUGAAGGGUCUCGUGUUUUCUAUGUGGUCAUCUCCAAGGGCUAUGCUUCCUCUAUUUGGUGCUUGCAAGAACUAGCACGGAUCUGCUACUGCGUUGAAACUUCGGCCAGACGUGUUCUGCCUAUUUUUUAUGAUGUUGAUCCAUCAGAGGUGCGAAAACAGAUUGGAUGUUUUGGGAAAGCCUUUGCGAAACACGAAGAAAGACUCAGAGGAGAUAAAGAGACGAUGGAGGAAGUGCAGAGAUGGAGAGAAGCUCUCACACGUGUGGCCAAUCGAUCUGGUUGGGUUAUUGGAAAUGAGUCAUACUGUGUACACAUUCCAGAAAUGGUUCGAAAGAAACACUUGUCCCUGCUUCCUUCAACUUCUGGAAUUGCAUUGGCUUCUAGCACCAUCAUCCAUGCAAUAAGGACAUAUGAUGUGUUUGUGAGCUUCCGCGGUUUAGACACACGCAACAAUUUCGCUGCUCUUCUUCUUCAAGCUCUCCAUAGGAAUGGUAUUGAUGCCUUCAAUGAUAAUGUACACGUUAUGAAAGGUGAAUUCAUUGAAUAUGAGCUGUAUAAAGCCAUUGAUGGGUCUCGCAAUUUCAUUGUGGUCUUCUCAAAGAACUAUGCUUCCUCAACUUGGUGCUUGCGCGAACUAGCACGGAUCUGCAAGAACAUUGAAACAUCAACAAGACGAAUUCUACCUAUUUUUUAUGUUGUUGAUCCAUUAAAGGUGCAAAAGCAGAGUGGAUGUUAUGAGAAAGCCUUUCUGGAUCACGAAGAAAGAUUCAGAGUAGCUAAAGAGAGGGAGCAAGUAUGGAGAUGGAGAAAAGCUCUGAAACAAGUGUCACAUCUCCCUUGUUUGCAUAUCCAAAAUGAGCUACAUCAUUUACAACAGGCAGAGAUCGAAGAAAUUCUUCAAGAGAUAAUAAAUAUAUUGAAUUUCAAAUCUUCAAGUCUUCCAAAUGAUGAUCUAGUUGGGAUGAAAUCUCUUGUCAAAUAACUAUACUUACAUAAAAUUAUUGUUUUGGUUGUCAUGGGAUACUUGUGUUGGAUAUGAUUCGUUUUCUUUUGGAUGUAAUGUUUACCAUAGGAUGAUACAAUUUCUGAUCCUUUUUAUGAAACUUAAACAAAGCCUUUGAAUUUUAUGUCUAAUAAGCUUUUUCUUAUUU